AUGGAGAGGCCGGCGGCUAAGCGCCGUCGGAUCUCGAGCUCUGCUGCAGACAUGCAGUCGGCUAUAACUCAACCAGGAUCGAUCAAGAUUAAUGUCACUGGAGCAUAUAUCAUCGAUCACGAAGAGGAAGACAUCUCUCACAGUAGCGGAAGCUCCCCAUCCAGCAGCCCGGACGUUGACGAGUCGACUUACCAGCAUCAUAAGCGUGAUAUUCGGCUACCGAAUCACACUUCUCUCGUCAGUCAUGUGGCGGCGGAUAUCGGCGGAUCACUGGCCAAGGUCGUCUACUUCUCUCGCGAGAAUGGUGAUGCAGCAAGUGGUGGCCGACUUCACUUUCUAUCUUUCGAAACGGACAAGAUCGAUGACUGCAUCGAGUAUCUACGUACUUUGCAAGCUCGGCACAAGCAGACCAAUGGUGCCAAGGCCACCGAACUACGAGUCCAAGCUACGGGUGGCGGAGCGUACAAGUUCUACAACAGGAUCAAGGAGCGCUUAGGUGUCGAUGUCGAGCGAGAAGAUGAGAUGGCAUGCCUCAUCAAAGGACUCGACUUCUUCAUAAGUGAGAUCCCUUACGAGGUUUUCACAUACAACGAUACUGAUGCGGAGAACGCCGUCACGUACCAAGAUGCUCGAUCGGAUGUCUACCCUUAUCUUCUAGUGAACAUCGGCAGUGGUGUCUCCAUGGUCAAAGUCUCUGGUCCAUCACAAUUCCAGCGUAUUGGUGGUACAUCCCUGGGUGGUGGUACUUUGUGGGGUCUGCUGUCAUUACUUACUGGAGCGAGGAAUUUCGACGACAUGCUUGCCAUGGCCGACAAAGGCGACAACACUGCGGUCGACCUUCUGGUCGGAGAUAUCUAUGGAGAAGGUAUGGGUUACGAGAAGAUUGGUCUGAGCGAGAAGACGAUCGCAAGUAGUUUUGGUAAAGUGCUCAAGCGGAAACGGGAGGCGGAAAGAUCUGCGGAAGAUGGCGGUGGGUUGAGCAAUGGCGACACCACUGGAUCGAAGCCACAAGUUGAUGGCGCGGCCGAGACUGGGACUGAUGGCUCGAAUCUGGUCGGAGAUGGUCGAAUGUUCAAGCCUGAGGACAUCUCACGGAGCUUGCUCUAUGCCAUCAGCAAUAAUAUCGGCCAAAUCGCCUACCUGCAAUCUGAGAAGCACGAUCUUCAACGCAUCUACUUCGGUGGCUCGUUCAUUCGUGGGCACCAGCAAACCAUCCACACGCUGUCAUAUGCCAUCAAGUUCUGGAGCAAAGGUCUGAAGCAGGCUUACUUUCUGCGUCAUGAAGGCUAUCUUGGCGCUGUGGGAGCGUUCUUGAAGCGGAAGCCUGUCAAUUGGGGACGGAGAGGGAGCGUAGAUUUUGUAGAAGCGUGA